GGUAUGCACCUUUUCAAGUCAUGGUUGCAACCCGCCAUUAAACUAAAAGAAGAAGAAGAAGAAGAAGAAGAAAUCCUGCUGGUGAAGAUACAACAACUCAUUGUGGAUUGUCUUCCUUAGUCUAUACCACAGUCAUGUCAGAGAACCAAGAGCUCAAACGUCACUGUCUACUGGUUCCGGUAAAAGGGGUUCUCCUUACGGAACACGUCGCCAACAACUACAAAGGGGUCUCGGCUUUCUGUCCUGAUCCUUUAGACUUGCUCAUUGCCACCUAUCCGAAAGCAGGGACCACAUGGGUCCUGGAGAUAGUGGAUCUGCUUCUUCACAACGGGGAUAGUAAGACCUGCAAAAGAGCUCCCAUUCCCGUCCGAAUACCUUUCCUGGAGAAUACCGCUCGACAAGGAAUCCCCUCGGGUCUUGAUCUCCUGAAGGCAAUGGACCCUCCAAGAGUUAUUAAAACACAUUUGCAGUUUCAUCUAAUUCCAAAAGGCUUUUGGGAAAACAAAUGCAAAGUGAUCUACGUGGCUCGCAAUGCUAAGGACAACCUGGUGAGCUACUUCCAUUUUCAUAAAAUGAAUCUUGCCCACCCUGAGCCUGGACCCUGGGAGGGCUACAUCCAAAAGUUCAUGAAUGGACAGGUGCCAUGGGGCUCCUGGUAUGAUCAUGUCAAAGGCUACUGGGAGGAGCGAGAAAAGAGAAACAUCCUUUAUCUCUUCUAUGAAGACAUGAAAGAGAAUCCUCGGCGUGAGGUGGAGCGCAUCAUGAGGUACCUGGACUUGUCGCUCUCUGAUGAUGUCAUCAGCCGCAUUGUGGAGCUGACGUCCUUCGAGAUCAUGAAGGAGAACCCAAUGACCAACUACACUUUCUUGUCCAAGCCCAUUUUUGACCAUUCCCUCUCCACCUUCAUGAGAAAAGGAGAAGUCGGAGAUUGGAAGAACCAUUUUACGCCAGAGCAGGCAGCAGAGUUUGAUGAGGACUUUGAGAAGAAAAUGAAGCAUGUCAACAUACCAUUCAGAACACACCUGUAAACCGAUUAGCAGUUAACUGCUGGAGGUACUGUUGAAUAAUAGUUAUCAUUAUACAGUGAUGGGCAUAGUGGCAUGCCAAAGAUGCCAAUGUUAUUUGGCUAUACCUGCCCAUAUAGUCAUCCCUCGAUUAUAGCGGUUAAUGGAUUAAUUGGUUCCAGACCCGACCUUGUUAAAUGAAUGUCCGAGAUAUAGGAUUCAAUGCUAAUAAAUGGCUGACUUCAUGCAGUGUUUAGGUAAUGUAAGGUAGUGGUUCCCAAACUUUUUACUGUCGCAUACCCAUUCAGAUAUUUCACCUGAGGCCAUGUACGCCCUACUCCUGCACACUUAAAAACAUAAAACAUGAACCUGUUUAUCUUAAUUCACUUGUCGUAUGUAACAAAAUGAUUUGGGUAAUUAAUUUUGUAGUAGUUCUGUGUAAAAAAUGUGUACUUUGCGUGGUCACAGUUUGACAAAGUUACACAUGAGCACUGAUAACUAGAUAAGUAAUCAUCCAACAUAUCUUUUAUACCAGUCUGAUGUUGGCAUCCUUCUGUUUGAAUGGGUCGCAUUUGAGCUUCACAUGUCCACUCAUGGUGGCUAUGGCUUAAAUUUGCAUAUUCUUUUAAUACCAAAUUGAAGGGUAAAGCUUAACAAUCAUGAUAAAGCAGUAACCAAAGUACAAAAAUAUAUACAACCAAUAAUAAAGCCUCAUUUUAGGGAGAAUCCACACUCACAGUGACAGGCUUUCACCUUGGAUUGGAACACCAAUAUAAAUGAAAUCUUCAAGGUUAAACACUCUUAAAGCACAAAAUAAUCAUCCAACUUACUUAUUUGUUCAUAUGAUGCACACAGAGCAAUGAACGACUUCACGCUCUGUCUCCUUUCCUCUCUGUUCUCCCUGAGCCGUGAGGCAUUCAGGCGCACUCGUUAUUGUGAGUGUUAGGAACUCAUUGUUUUUCAUGUUUAUUGACGUCCCCCCAUCACAAUUGCCGUACCCCAUUUUGGGAACCUAGGAUGAAAGGUAAUGUCUCAAUGUUUUGUGUCAUGACUGCCACCUAGUGACCAGAAUACUACAUAUCACUUGUAUUUCAAUAUUUUUUUGGACUAAUAAUAGAUCACAGUCUACCACGAAACAGCAAUCAUUUAGUAAGUAAUUAAUUUCUGAAAAAACAUGAUAUAGUGAGGGAGCAAUAAUCGAACCACGAUAUUGAGAGGGACGACUGUACAAGCAAAUCAGCCUAAUUUAUACAGCCGUGGCCAAAACCUUGGCAUCUUUGGACCAAACAUUGGCAUCAUGACUGUAACUGUGACUGACCUUGAUGCAAUAUAAUAAAGCAUACAGUUAACCCUUUAA